AUAGUUCUUGAUUCUUCAGGCUUGGUCUCUAAUUUUUUUGGACUAGAGGCCAAGCUAGUACAUACAUAUAUAUAUACAAUACAUAUUUUUCCGUCAGGGUUUUCGUUUCAAAGGGUAGGGAGAGUAAUUAAUUUGGAUAUAUAUAUAUAUGGCGCCGGUUUCAUUGCCUCCUGGUUUUCGAUUCCACCCCACCGACGAAGAACUCGUUGCUUAUUACCUCAACAGAAAGAUCAACGGCCGUAAAAUCGAUCUCGAAAUUAUUCCUGAAGUUGAUCUCUACAAAUGUGAGCCAUGGGACCUUCCAGGAAAGUCUUUAUUACCAAGCAAAGAUCUUGAAUGGUAUUUUUUUAGCCCUCGUGACCGUAAAUAUCCGAACGGGUCGAGGACAAAUCGGGCAACAAAAGCCGGAUACUGGAAGGCGACAGGCAAGGACAGAAAGGUAAAUUCACAGGCAAGGGCAGUGGGUAUGAAGAAAACCCUAGUUUAUUACCGAGGGAGAGCUCCUCAUGGAUCUCGUACCGAUUGGGUUAUGCACGAAUACCGAUUAGACGAAAGGGAAUGUGAAAUUCCUACCGGCUUGCAGGAUGCUUAUGCGCUUUGCCGAGUAUUCAAGAAGAGUUUGAAUAUCCCGAAAGUUGGAGAUCAUUAUGUAAAUUCAUCAAGUUCGAGCGUUGACUAUCAAUUGCCGUUGACUUCAUUAUCGACUCCAAUUAACAUAACUGGUUCUUCUUCAUCAAACGACGCGAGUUGGGCACACUACUUAUCAGACGAGGCUUUCAAUCCAUACUCCAAUUGUGCACCCACACCAUUUCCACCAUCUAAGGUUGACAUAGCAUUAGAAUGUUCAAGGUUACAGAAUAGGUUUUCAUUGCCUGCAUUGGAGGUCCAGGAUUAUAACAUACAGCCUCAUUUCCCUAAUUACAAUCCAGGGAUGAUGACGUCAUAUUCAAGCCCUAAUAAUUUCCAUGAGAAUCAACCUCAUGAUAUUGUGCAAGAAAUUCUUUCAGUUGCUCAAGAUCUUCAAAAUAACCAGCGGGACCCGCUGUACGCUCCGGUCGACGAUUUCUCGUUUUUUCUCCAGAGUAGUAACCAACAACAGCCUGAUCAAAUGAGUCCCUUCAAAUAUAUAGACAAUAAUAUUCACACAUCCAUUGAAAUUGGAGAUAUUCAUAAUAGUGAUCAUUUAUUCCAAUCAGAGAGAAUGGUUGAGAACUUGAGAUGGGUUGGAAUGUCUAACGAGGAACUUGAAAAGGCCUUUUCAGAUGAAUAUAAGACAGUUCCAAUAGAGAACUUUUCCAGCAUGCAAAGAGAAUAUCAUGAUUUUCAAGGAGAAACUAGUAACCACAACUUCAAUCCAUUCACAAACACCAUCGACGACGAGGCGAACGACGACAAUAUCUCAAUCGGGCAUUUAAAUAACAACGACGGUGACAAUAUUAAUAAUGGAAGCGACAAUAACAACUUCUUGGAAGACGGAGACCUGGACGAUUUCUCGAGCACUCCAAACUUUGAUUUGUACGAAGGCAAACUGCUCGUCUCGACCCGGCAAACUCCCAACACGUUCUAUCACAAAGUCGUGCCUUCGAGGACAGUGCAAGUUCUUAUGAACCCUACGGUGAUGGUGCGUCAAUUUCCGUCAUUACCAAAAUCGUCGAGCAACUAUAACGGAAGUUUGUCCGAAAAGUUGGUGUCGUUUUCAAGAAAUAUGCUAAGUGUCGUGAAAUCGAAAAACUGCGCCAGCGCAAGAGUUGUUGAAGGAGGGGAAGUGAACAACAUAAAGCCUUACUUGACAUUUGCUUUGGCUUUAUGUGCCAUUUGGGUACAAAUUGUGACACCUUUCUCUUUAAUUGUGUAAGUAGAAUUGCAGUAAAUUGCUGUAUUAUGUAAGGGGGGUCAGUCUAGUAAUUAUGCUUUGAACAAUUUGGGAUUUUUUAUUUUAUUUCAUUUUUUUAAUUUAUUUUUUUUGGAUUAAGUGGUAAGAGAAGUGGGAAUUAAUCCAUAGAUAUUGGUAAUUGGUAUACUGUAACUUUAUGAAAUUUGACCUACUUUUGGGGUCAUUAAUCAUUGUACAUUUAAAAUUUGGAAGAUCUCCUUCUUGAUUUUUAUAAUUGGAUUCCGAAUAGUUAUUC